AUAUAUUCAAGAAGAAAAGCAACACUUAGAACUGUAUUUCUUGUUCGCUUAAUUUCGUUGUGUAGUUUGUGAAAAAUUAUAUUCAAGUUAAUACAUCUUUAAUUAAUCAUGCCGAAAAAUAAGGGAAAGGGAGGUAAAAAUAGGAGAAGAGGUAAAAAUGAAAAUGAAACAGAAAAGAGAGAGUUGGUAUUUAAAGAAGAUGGUCAAGAGUAUGCUCAAGUAACAAAGAUGCUGGGUAACGGCAGGUUAGAAGCUAUGUGCUUUGAUGGUGUAAAACGAUUGUGUCAUAUAAGAGGAAAACUGCGUAAAAAAGUUUGGAUCAAUCAAGGUGAUAUCAUUUUAAUUGGUCUUCGGGAUUAUCAAGAUGCUAAAGCAGACGUUAUUUUAAAAUAUACAUCUGAUGAAGCUCGAAAUUUGAAAACAUAUGGUGAAUUUCCAGAAACUGUACGCAUCAAUGACACAGUUACCUUCGUUGAAGAUGGUUUUGAUGAAGAUAUUGAGUUUGGUGAUGAAAUUAGCGAUGAUGAUGAAGAUGAUGUAGACAACAUCUGAUGAUAUAUUAUACAAUCAGAUGCAAAAUAUGGUGUCAAAUUGUAUAGGAGUAUCUAUUUAUUUCAAUAGAUGCAACUAUGGAAUCUUCAUUAAAACAGCAAAUUUUGCUUCUAAUAAGUAGCCAAUUUUUCUUGUAUCUAUGAAUAAAAUAACAUGUUUCCAAUUAAUGUCAUACUUGUUUUGCAAUAGUAUUAUUUUUUCAAGUUUUGUCAGAGAUAUAUAUAAAAUAUUUUUUAUCUAAAUUAUGUCACGCAUUAAAUUAAUAUUAUCCAUUGUUGUGAGUUAAUUUAUAGAUUUUUUUUUAUGUAGAUUCAAUUAAAGUGCAUUAUAUUGCUAUAACUUAAUAGAGAUGUAAGUAAGCAAUAUUAUCGUAUGUACUAUAUUUUAGUUUUCUCCUUGUGUAUCAUUAUAAGUAAUUUGAUGACAUAUGAAUGCAUAAUCAUUUUAAACGAAAGAAAAAAUAGUAUAUAUAUACAUACAUUUAUAUAUACACAUGCAUACAUGUACAACGUCAAUUUUUAUAUGUAUUGGUCCACAUCAUUAAAAACUGUUUAUUAGAAAGAAAAUUGUUUUACUUCGAGCUAGAUCAUAGACCAUUUCCUUAAUUUUUAACUGUAGUUGGUUAACGUUGAAUGUUCGUUUUUUAUGAAAAUAAUAAGAUGUAAGCUAAUCUAAUUCUGCUUGAAUUAAGAACUUUAAAUUAAUGUAGUAUAUCUUAAAAUCUUCAUAGCAAGCAACACUUUCCUGACUUACAUUCUCGUUCUAUAUUAAUUUCAUUUAACUUGUAUAGUUAAAGCCUGGACUCAUUGAAAACACUACUUCCCCUUGGAUCACUAGAGUUAUACAAUGAUAGACAUAGCUAGUACUUUGAUGUUUGACAGCUUUAGAAUAUCAUGUGCUGUUGACUCCAGGAAGGUGUUAUCAAGGUCUUCAUAUUAAUAAGAGUAAUAAAGAUAUAUAAGAAAUCAAUAAUUCUGUCCCAUACAACGAUAGCGUACUAACAGCAGACUCCAUUGUAAUCAAAGGAUCAAAGAUAAAACGUAUCUUACUUAUAUAAUUUUUAAGUAUAUUAUAUAAAUGUUCUAAACGAUGUGAAAAAUAAACAAAUUUAUUUCUGUCGAUCUUAAUGGUAAUUUCUAUAUUGGAUCAUUUAUUUCAUCAAUGAUAUACUUACCAAAUGUUGAAAUUGAUUGAUUGCGUGCAUUCACAAGCGAGUAUUUUUAAUACUUUCUUUGAAUAUUGUAUUAUUAUUAAUAUUAGAGUAUAAGACUUCUAUAUGGAAUGAAUGUUAUUACUUUAAUGAGAUUUAAAACAUGACAAGAAACGUUACAGCAUAAUUUGUGCUUUAUCUAUUAAUAAAAGGACAAGACAAAACGAA